AUGUUCUUCUACGAUCAACAGCUCGACCUCUGGAUUAACGACUCACCAUUGUUGAUCAGCUCAAAGGUUCAGAAAGCGGCCCAAGCGUUCGGGCACGAGGUACAAUGGAACAGCAAGGGGCAUGUGUGUGGACUCGGCCAUGCCGUAUCAUUGCGGCUCGCCGAGAAGCUGGGCUCGAUCACUCUCUCUGUGCAGCAGUUCAUGCACCUUGCUAGAAGACAGCCCCGGGUUGCUUCUGAUGAGUUUGCCGAAUGGCUCAAGGAUCAAUAA